AUGGUCUACAUCGCCAAAGAAGCCAUUAUCUUCUUCGUCAUCCUCGGAUGCGUGGUAGUCUCUGUCUUCGGCUACUCUAUCCAUUACCUUGCGACUAAUGGGUUCUACGGUGAGGAGAGGGACCUCGACUUUCCUCCAGAGCAGAGGAUAUACAUGCGCCAGUUACGACUAAGGGAUUUGCAUUGGAUGGCGAGAGAUAAUGGGAUCAGAAUUGCGAGUAAUACGUCGCCGGUGUAG